UUUUGGUUAUAACCAAAAAAUAUUUUUGUGGGUGACGUUUGGUCAUAGAAAUCUUUUGAGAUUAUUCGUCGUGAAACGACUCGAUUCUUACUUAAUGUUUGUAUGUUUCACGUAUUACGUUGAAAAAGUACUGGUAAAAUGGAAACUAUAUUUCACGAAAAGCAAGAAGGAUAUUUAUGCGCGCAACAUUGUUUAAACGCUCUUUUGCAAGGUCCGUACUUUAAUGCAGUGGAUCUUGCUAAUUUUGGUCAACAAAUGGACGAAGAAGAAAGAAUAAGAAUGGCUGAAUCUGGUAUUGAUAGCGAGGAUUAUAAACUUUUCUUAGAGCAACCAUCGGGAAAUAUGGAUGACAGCGGAUACUUCUCUGUUCAAGUUAUUAGCAGUGCAUUAACGGUUUGGGGAUUAGAAUUAGUCCCGUAUAACAGUACAGAAUCUGCGGCAUUAGUAGCACAAAAAGAUCCUUCACAGAUGAAAGCAUACAUUUGUAAUUACAAAGGCCAUUGGUUUACAAUAAGAAAAAUUGGAAAACAAUGGUUUAAUUUAAAUUCAAUGCUAAAUGGACCACAGCUUAUAUCUGACACUUACCUUGCAAUGUAUUUAGCUCAAUUGAUGCAAGAAGGUUAUUCUAUUUUUAUUGUUAUUGGUACACUUCCUCAAUGUCCUGCAGAAGAUGUUCUUAUGAGAAAUCCGGUAGUGGCUGUACCAAAAGGAAACUCGAAAACUGCUUUGAGAACAGAAACAAAGGGUUAUCGCCUGGGUACUAAAGAAGAAGAUCAACUCUUGAAAGCUGCCCUUGCUCUAGGAGAAGUUAAAGUACCAAUUGUUUCUGACUCGACGAGCACAGAUGUUCCUACUGAUUUAACUAAUAAUACGAUGCCAACUACGUGUACCACAGCAUCGUCGUCUAAACAAGAAGUAGCACACAAGCCACGAGAAAGGAUAAUUCCUAUAAGAAUCGAAGGAAAGGACGAAGAAGACGAUGAAAAGGCAGAAUUACAAAGGGCAGUUCAAUUAAGUUUAGAAAGUAAAAAUAACGAUAUUGACGAGUCUCUUAAAUUGAGAUUAGACCUUCGUAAUGAUAACAAAACAGCUCCUAUAACAAAUGUAACCGAGGAUGCAGACGAGGAUGACGAUUUAAGAAGAGCUCUACAACUGAGUUUAGAAUGUGUCACUGCUCCGCCAACGCCAGAUCCCGAGGAUUUACGUUGGCGUCGAUUAAAUCAUUUUGGUAUAUAUUCGAGGGCAUCAAAUACAGAAACAUCCCAAAAACUGAAUACUUAAUAAUACGUGCAAGAAUUUUUUAAAUAUUACUAUUAUUAUUAUUAUUAUUAUUAAAGCAAAUUUUAUUUGUAAAUUAUAAAUAACUAGUUACUUUGUAUACUAUUGAUAAAGAUCUGAGAAAUAAAUGUUUAAAUAAAGGACCUGUAUAUGUUAAAAUUGCUGCUUU